GUCGCAAUCAUCCCUCCGCUCGACCCGAGAGCUUUCAGUUGUGCAAUUUACUCAUUUUUCCACACUUCUCCGCAUUUUUCCAACAUUAUUUUAUGUAAAUAAUGGCAAUAAAGUAUGUCUGCGGUGAUUUCUUGGAGUUUCAAGAGUCUCUUAAGAAAAUGCGUGAGGUGGACGACAAAAUCAUCUAUGCGCUGAACACCAGCAUACCCACGGAGUCAUUUAAGGGUCAGGUGGAUGCCAAAGGAACGUGCGAAGGGCUCUUCCGGCAGCUUCAAGUGGCGCACAAUGAACGCGAACAGGCCAUCCGGAACUGUAUUGUCAUUGCUGCGGACAGGGUGAAGGUUCUGCGGGAAGAGCGCGAUGGAAACAGGGAUGAUGUGGGGAUAGAUAAGUCAUUUAAAGCGGAGCAGCGGAAGUUGCGGCUUCUGCAGUCUGAACUGAAUGUUGAGGAUAUUGUUAAGGAGAGAACUCAUAAGGCAUUUUCUGAGCGAUGUCGACUGUUCUUCAAGCCGGACUCCUUGUGAUGUUGAGGGAGAAGCUGAAAUCUCUUCCCAAAUUGGGAAGAGUGGUAGGAACUCCAUUGACUUUCAUAGAUUUCUUAGAUUUUUUCUAUUGCCAAUACAACAACUUGAUGAUG